UUCGUUGCCACUGUCAAGCUAACGUACAAUUCUUGCAGCUUCGCAGUGAAAACAAGGGGAUAUCGUUCUGAAGCUUCGUGAAGUUGGAAUACCCAUUUUCGUCCAAAAAAAAAAAAGAAAGUACAUUUGCGCAUGAUCCUUCCUCAUUUUGCAAUCUUUCAAUGAUCCAACUCCUUCAUGUGAAAAAGUCAUGCGUGAGAGAUGAGUAGGAAUUCUUUCUAUUCUUUGAUUCUAUUUUUCACAAUCACUUAUGGUUCUUGUUUGAUUUAUCAGGUAGAUUGUGAACAUGAUCCACGGGUUGGGUCACAAAGGGAAGCUUUGGAUAUAAGCAUUGGCGGUGGUGGCUAUACUCCUGCUCCUAGUACUGAAUAUGAGGAUCGCCCACCUCCUCCACCCUUUCCCGAAGCCAGCUAUCCACCAUCACCUCCAAAACAUGUCUGUCCUCCAACACUGCCACCCCCAUCUCCAUCUCCAUCUCCAAAAACACCACCUCUUCCUCCUCCUAGUUCAUCGUCCAAUGUAUCCAAAAAUAUCGUAAGGGAUAAAACAAUUCAGGAAUUCAGUAAAAAAAUUACUUUCGAUCCCAUGGGCAUAACAAGAUCAUGGAACAGGGAAGACAAAAAUGUGUGUAGAUAUGAUGGAUUUGCAUGUGAUUACAGGCCUGACAAUGGUGUGCUAUCUGUGGCAGCAGCCGACUUCAACGGUUGCAACUUCGGCGGCCCUGAUCUUCAGAUUAAAGAUUUCCUUGAUAAAUUGGAGGAUUUAACUAUCUUCCAUGCAAACUCCAACAAUUUCACUGGGAUUUUUCCCAGUGAAAUAGGGUCUGAAAACAUCAAAUUCUUAUUCGAGCUCGAUCUGAGCAACAACAAGUAUACGGGUGGAUUCCCCAUGUCAGUUCUUUCUGCCACCAACUUAACCUUCUUAGACAUCAGAUACAAUUCAUUUUCUGGGCCAGUUCCAGGAGAAGUGUUCAAUCUAGACCUAGACGUGCUUCUCCUCAACAACAACCAAUUCACUCAACAGCUUCCUGAAAAUAUUGGCUCUACCCCUGCCUUAUAUCUCAAUUUUGCCAACAACCGUUUCACUGGUCCUAUUCCAAGCAGCAUUGGCAAUGCUAAAAAUUUACGAGAGGUGCUUUUCUUGAACAACAACUUCACAGGGUGCUUGCCAUAUGAGAUUGGUUUCUUGAAAAAAGCCACCGUGUUUGAUGCGAGCUACAACAAGCUGACUGGCCCAAUACCGCAAUCAUUUGCCUGCUUGAAAAAGAUAGAGAUCCUUAACCUGGCUAAUAAUGAGUUUUAUGGGUCGGUGCCGGAGAUGGUGUGCAUGCUCCCAAAUCUGAAAAACUUGUCCAUAUCCGGCAACUAUUUCACUCAGAUCGGACCGAAGUGCAGGAAGUUGAUUCGAUUGAAGAGGCUUGAUGUUGGAAAAAAUUGCAUUUUGGACCUUCCAAAUCAGAAAAGAGUGGAGCAGUGUAGACAAUUCUUCUCCAAGCAGAGACAAUGUCCGAAUGAGAAAUCACUCUCCAGUAUUCCUUGCAGCAAGAGCUAUCGCAACACAGCAGCCAAGUUUGCUCAGCAAUCAGCAGUUGCAACUCCACCUAUAUCAUCUGGUUCCAUUUCACCACAAAAUAAGUUAUAAUUUUAAUUUUAUGGAGGCCCAUUUAAGUGUGUCUUCACCAUUGGCAUUGGGGCUCUGUAUACAAAUUAAGAGUCAAUGCAUAUUUGCACAAGUAUCUAAAAAUAUCUAAAUAAAUCUAAGACGUAUAAUGUUCUACUCC